AUGUGGAAUGAGGGACUAGUAGAUUUAAUUAGUGAGAAAGAGCCACCUGAUUAUGACACCAUAUUUGAUGAUUCUUUUUUACAAGCUGUAAUUACUAUUAAUAAUGAUAUCAUAUCAUUGGUCUGUCGAAAAAAUGAAGGAUUUAUUAAUCAUUCGCUUAUAAAUCAAGAUGAUAUUAAGUUGUUAUCAAGAUCCUGUAAUUAUGAGUGUAGACAAAAAAAAGUGUCAAGCUUAAACAAAUUAAAAAAAGAAUUGGAGUCGUUACAGUGUUUUCAUACAUUUUUAUGUCUUCAUAUUUUAGAAAUAUUAAAAUAUGAUAUUAGAACUAAAAAUUUAAAUCCUUAUCAUAUUUUUAAAAUAAAUUAUCAACAUGUAAGUAACUACGUAAUUAGAAUAAUUUCAUUUUUUACUUAUGGUAAGUUUGUUGUUAAUCCCUGGCAAUAUAAUUUUGCAAAGAGAGUUAUUGAUAUAGCUAGACUUAAUCAACAAAAGAAGGAUACAUUUGAAAUCAGUUUAGAAUACUUAGAUAAUACUGCAUUACUGUCUUCAAUGAAUGAAUUUUGCGACAAUUGUAAAAACACUAAUGAAUUUUGGAAAUUAUUUACUUCUUUCACAUUUAAUACUUUUCAAAAAAAAAGUAAUCAAUUUUCAAAUAGAAAAAAUGUUAAACUUUAUGUGAAAAAUUUACUGUCGAAGAUAAACAUUCCUUGCGUAAUAAAAAUGGACAAUAUUUCUCACAUCCUAGUUAACAAAGCUAACCAAAAGGAAGAAGUUAUCGACAGUGACUACGAAAAUAAGAAAAUAGAUUUUCUACAAAGUUUAAAAUUAAGUAAAUUUAAUGUUGAAACAUUUGAGAAAAAUUCAAUACGUUUCUUUAAAAAGGAUUUGUUGCUAAAAGAAUGUAGAAAACAUCUAUCAGCUUCUAAUUUUCACCGUGCUUGUAAAUUUAAACAAACAUCAAGCAAAGAAGCAAUCAUCAAACUAGUAAUGGGUAUUCGAUCUAAAAAAUCUGAAGUCACUGAAACUAAAAAUAAUCACCCGUGUGCUAUUAAGUAUGGCAAUGUUAAUGAGAAAAAGGCAAAAGAACUUUUUGAAAAGACAAUGGAUGUACAGAUUGAAUCAUGUGCUGCUUUUGUAGAUGAACACUUGAACUAUUUAACGGCACGACCAGAUGGUUUAAUUGGAAAAGAUGGUAUUGUUGAAAUAAAAUGUCCUUUUAACGCCCAAGAAAUGUUUCCUGAAGAUGCUAUUAAAAAUAAUUUAAUAAAAUUUGUGCAUUACAACAAUAAUGGAGAUCUUGUAUUAAAACGUACUUCUCAUAAUUUUUAUCAAAUACAAGGAGAACUGCACAUUACAAAAAGACAAUAUUGUUAUUUAAUUAUUUGGACACCAAAAGGUUUAGUUUAUUGUAAAAUUCUUCGAGAUGACAAAUUUUGGAAUGAUAAUAUGGAAAAAAAACUUAUUGACUUUUACGAAAACAUUAUGUUACCCGAAAUAAUAAAUUCCUGAAUUAUUUAAGAAUCUGAUUGUUGCGAAUAUUUAGCUAAAAAAACAGUAUUAAUUAUACAAGUAUAAAUAAGACUGAAGAGUCGACAAAAAGUUGUAAAGUUGUAAUAUCUAUUAAACAUAAAUAUAUCAACAACUAAAAAAGUUAAUUGCUUUAAAUUGUAUAAAAUUUCAGUAAAAUUCAUAAUUUAAUUUUUUUUUAAAUUAAAUUAAGUAAUAUUAUAAUAUAACAUCUAUCUUUUCACUAUGUCGAAACUCGUUAUGGUGAGACUGAAGCAAAGUUGAAACUUACUGGUUUCAACUUUUUGAAAUGUAUAUUUCUAUCCUUUACACCUUUUUUUAAGUAUUUAAAUGUCAAUGUGAGAUAUUAAUAUAGUCUAAAUAAAAUUUAAACUGGUUGAUAAACAGCUUUUUAUUAUUAUUUAUCGAAAUAUUAACAUUUGAAAAUGUAGAAAAGGUAAUCGGGGCAGUAUUUAACGACGGUUUAUUUUUAUCAUAAUACAUAGAUAAUAGGGUAUUCAUUAGUGAUAAUAAAAAAAAAUUAUAGGUUUCAGCUCCCAAAUUUGUGUAUAUGUAGGUGUACAAAGAAACCAUAAAUUUUAAGUCUAUUAUGUAAGUUUAACCUGUAUCUAAUUAUAUUUAACAUGUAUUUAAUUUAGGCUAAAAAUUAGCCAUUUAUCAUAGUUUUUUGUUUUUUCAUUU